AUGGUACAUGAAGUCAAUGAUGAUGGUAGUUGGGCUUCACUUCAAGGAAGUGAGAAAGGUUGGAGUUCUUUGCUUGGCAAUUUUGGAAACAGGACCGGUCCUUAUCAAUAUGGUGGAUAUGAGCUUCAGCCUCCAAACCUCCUGAAGGAUGAUGGAAACGUGGAGAUAAGGAAAGUCCAGAGGUACCAAAACAGACACACUCCCUAUAGAAGAGGACAGGACAGGAGGAGAGUGCAAUGGUAUAAAAAAGACUGUCUGCGUGUUACUCUCUGCAGUAAUGAAACACAUCUCAGAAGUGAAAUGGAGAACAUACAAGAUCAAACCCUGGGGAGUUGGUUCAAGGUCACAGUUGCCUAUGGAAGAAAGUAUGACAGGACAUGGCUAAUGGAUUCAAUCCAGAGCCAUUGCAGUGUCCCCUUCACUCCAGUGGAUUUUCACCAUGUGCAAAACAAGGCCCGGUUCUUUGUCCAGGAUGCUCAGGCUGCCUCUGCAUUGAAGGAUGUCAGCAACAAGAUUUAUGAUGAGGAGAACCAAAAGAUAGCUAUCUUUGUCAGUACUUCUGCUGUACCCUUCUCUGUGCGGGAUAAAUUGGAGCCAGAAAUAAUGGAACAGCUAAAGCUGACCAUGUACAAACGAUAUGAUGCCUCUCAGAAAGCUCUUGAUCUCCAGUUGCUCCGCUAUGACCCAGAUUUGGUGAGAUGUGAUGUUGAUAUAAUCCUGAAUAGAAGAAACUGCAUGGCUGCCACUCUGCAGAUCAUUGAAAAGGAUUUCCCUGAGCUGUUGUCCCUGAGCUUGUACAACAACAGACUGUGCCAGCUGGAUGGCCUGUCUGAUAUUAUACAGAUGGCACCCACAGUCAAGAUCCUGAACCUUUCCAAAAAUGAGCUUAACUCUACCUGGGAGUUGUGCAAAAUCAAAGGCCUGAAACUGGAAGAGCUGUGGCUGGAAGAUAACCCUUUGUGCGGCACCUUUCUAGACCAGUCUGCUUAUAUAAGCGCCAUCAGGAAAUGUUUCCCCAACUUGUUACGCUUGGAUGGACAUGAUUUAUAUCCACCAAUUGACGUUGACAUUGACAGCCACUACUUAGUAAAGCCCUUAAAGGAAAGCUAUAAUGGAUCUGAUGGUCUGAAGAAUCAAGUCCUGCAUUUUCUGCAUCAAUAUUACUUGAUCUAUGACUUUGGAGACAGAUGGAGUCUCCUCAGUGCUUAUCACGAUGAGGCCUGCUUCUCUCUGACUAUUCCCUACAUUCCAGACAACCCAGCCCCAAGCCGCUUAUUUGAGUACCUCAGGGAUAAUGAGUAUAUGAACUUCCAGAACCCCAACCUGCGUUUUCAGCUGCUGAGACAUACAAAAUAUGACAUUGUGAGCACCCUCUGUGUGUUGCCCAAAACUCAGCAUGACCUCAACUCCUUUAUUGUGCACAUAUGGUUCCAGUCGGAGAGCAUCCUCUUCCUCCCCCAGGAAAGCCUGUUCUUCUUUCGUGUCCAUGGGGUAUUCAAGGAAGGGGAAGGACAGUCUCAGGAUUCUGUGUGUGCCUUCACCCGGACCUGCAUUGCUACCCCUGCUAACAAUUCCAGCCUAUGUAUCAUAAAUGAUGAAUUGUUGGUGGGGGAUGCCACCCCCAACAAGACUCAGAAUGCAUUUCCCACCCAAGUGCCCAUACCUUCCUUCAGUACUGGGCCCACCCUCUCUCAGGAGCAGCAAAAAAUGGAACAAGUCUCCUCCACCCCAUCUGGGAUGAGCUUCUAG